CCGUUGGCUUGUAUUACUUGCUUAUCUUUCGAAUCAUAAAAAUCUCUUAUCCUUCUCGGCCCAAACUCUUUCUCUCCUUCUUCCUGAGAGCUUUUCUUAAAAAUGGAAGAAGUUCAAAUCAUCUCCACCUCUUUAGUUGGAACAACAUCAAAUAUAUUAAACUCAGAAAAUAAUAUUUCUAAAAUUGAAAUGACACCAUGGGAUUUACAAUUCCUCCUUCUUGACACUAUCCAAAAAGGCCUCCUUUUUCACAAACCAAAAGAAAAUACGUCAUUCAUUGAACACAUAAAAACAUCCCUUUCUCGUACCUUAAACUUUUUUCCUCCAUUAUCCGGCCGUUUCUCCACCGUUAGAAACGCCGAUGACGACACAAUUUCUAUCGUCAUCGACUGUAAUAACGCCGGCGUGGAAUUCACCCACGCCGUCGCUCCAUUAUUAACUGUAUCUGCAAUUCUUGAAUCAGUACACGUACCUCCUAUUAUUCACACACUUUUCCCACUCAAUAACGUCCGCAAUUUCGAAUGUGUAUCUAAACCGUUACUUGGCGUUCAAGUAACAGAACUAAUCGAUGGGUAUUUUAUUGGUUGCGCUAUGAAUCAUAGCUUAGGAGAUGGGACUUGUUUUUGGCAUUUUUUCAAUUCUUGGUCUGAAAUUUCUCGUGGGUAUGAAAUAAUUUCCAAGAUUCCAGUUUUAAACCGUUGGUUUCCAGAGAAUAUGAAUCUUCCAAUUCAUCUUCCAUUAAAGCUAGACGAUGAGAAAUUGUUUGAAGUCUUUGAAAUUCCACAUUUGAAGGAAAGGAUUUUUCAUCUUAGUAAAGAAAGUAUAGCUAAACUCAAAGGAAAAGCCAAUUCUGAAAUGGAGACUAAAUCUAUUUCUUCUUUGCAAGCUUUCUUGGCUCAUCUAUGGAGAUCUGUGACUCGUUCUCGUAAGCUGGAUGCUAAGGAAGAAGUCGUUAUCGGCCUUAUCAUAGGUACAAGAUCACGGCUAAACCCUCCUCUUCCAGAAGUGUAUUUUGGAAAUGCAAUUCAUGUUAAGCGAGUAAAGACAACUGCAGGGGAGCUACUAGAAAAUGGAUUAGGAUGGGCAGCAAUGGAAUUGAACAAAGUGGUUAAUUCACAAAAUUCUGAAGAAGUGGUUAAAAUCUAUAAAGAAUGGGCAGAAAAUCCAGUUUUAUUUUCUAAGAGUACAGUAUUUGUGGGGAGUAAAUUGGCUAUUAGUAGUUCUCCAAGGCAUAAUAUUUAUAAUACUGAUUUUGGUUGGGGAAAACCAGUUGCAGUUAGGAGUGGAAUGGCCAAUAAAAGUGAUGGGAAAAUUACUUUAUUUCCUGGGGUAGAAGAAGGGAGUGUAGAUAUUGAAAUCUGCUGUUUACCCAAGACUUUGCAAGCAAUGGAGAAUGAUUCAGAAUUUAUGGAAGCUGUAACUAAUUAAGAUCAGAGUCGGAUCUAGAAUUUAUUCUUAAUAUCGAAUCUAUUAUAUUUUUAAUAUCGAAUUUAUUAUAUUUUUAAAGUUAUAGGUUUAAAGCUAA